AGGAAUCGGUGGCACCGGUUGCAGACCAUGCAGACCGAGCAGGCGCAGCAGCGCUACCAGCAGGGCAACCGGCAGCUCCUGUCGGAGCACGGCGUCGCGGCAACGGGCCAGCAUCCCGUCCUGCGUCUGUGGAGCGCGCGCGGCAACGAGCAGCCGCCGCCGCAGCAGCAGCGGCAGCGGCAGCCUCAGCACGGCCCAUCGCUGCCGCUGCCGCUGCCGCGGCCCCCGCAGCGGCAGCCUCAGCACGGCCCAUCGCUGCCGCUGCCGCUGCCGCGGCCCCCGCAGCAGCAGCCUCAGCACGGCCCACCGCUGCCGCUGCGCGACGCCUUCUUCGACGUCGACGCCUUCACCGCCGCGCUCACCAGCGGGCCAAAGUUCAGCACGCUGACGGCGGCCCAGCAGGCGGUGGCGAGGGAGAAGGUGCAGUCGCUCCGGCCGGCGUUCGAGGAGGAGCUCGCCGCCCUCCGCGCCACGCGCGGCGAGGGCGCUGCCGUCACCGUCGUCGACAUCCGGGAGAUGAUGCCGCGUGUGAUGGCGCGAGCGGCCCGCGCAGCCACCUAGGCGGACCUUGCCUUUCAUCUGCCUGCCUCGCUCGGCGAUUCGGGUACGAGGCGGCGCCGUGCCGCUGCCUCUAGGGCUGUCGUCGUGCGGCACGUCAGAUCGGGGCGCCAGCGCCGAGGCUUGCGGGGGGCGUGCGCGCAGCGCUCCCCGCCCUCGCACCCUAGUACAGUGAUGCUUCGGCUCGCUGCUUGUAGAUCCCGAUGUUACCAUUACGUCUCCACUCAGUACAGUACACAGGUACAGGUACAGUAAGCUCUGUGAACUGCGAAGUGGCAACUGCGUCUACUAGCCGCCACGUUCCGUUGUUCCUCAAGCGUUCGUGGAUUCGCUGCGUGGCCCGUGCCCAUGCAUAAGUUAAGUCGAGAGUUGUUUUAUAGAUAUAGUUACCACAUAUCCGUCUAUGUGCG